UGGCUCGACAAUUAGACCGAAAGGUUAGGGUUUUAGAUCUGCGGGAAAACAAAGCCCUCUAUUUGACGGAGAGAAAUCAAUGGCGUCUAGGGUUUCGCUCAAGAGCAAAGGCAAGAGCAGCGUCGGGAAGGUAUCAAAGGGCAUGGAUGACAAAUCGACCACGCAGUGCUUGAAGGAGUGGAGCAAUUGGGCCUUGAAGAAGGCUAAAGUCAUCACGCACUAUGGAUUCAUUCCUCUAGUCAUAAUAAUCGGCAUGAACUCCGAGCCUAAGCCUCAGCUCUACCAGCUCCUAGCUCCUGUCUGAUCCAUUAACUUGGAUGCCACAUCGUGCUGGUUUGCCUUCUCUUUUGGGUCGAUGCCUAUUUGUCCGAUCUACAUCGAUUGGCUGAAGUUUUUUAUUUGGUUUAGGAGGUGUGAGCUUUAUGGAUUUUCUGUAAGUUUAUGGAUGAAUUAAUUAGUAUAAUAUGUGAAAAUAUCCAAUCUUAUCUAUGGGUUCUGAAUUUUUGGUUUAAUAAUAGAGAGUAUCUGCGUUUGCUUGAUUA